UUGCUGCCUCGGUCCUUCCAAAAAUCAAUGAGCACGGAAGCGCCCCCUAAGAAAGAUCCAUCAUCAAAUUUCAGCGUCCCUGUGGCAAGCCUACAUGCGCAGCUCGCUCCGGGGCUGUUACCUUUCCUUUCUUCUCACGACUAUUCACUCUCACAUUCGUUGUUCUAUUGAUAUCCCAUACCCGGUUCGCUUCUUUGUCUGGUUACACUUUGCUUCAUCGUCGUUCAAUCGGCUAUUCCCUUUGCCAGCGUGGCUUAUGCAUCUGUAUGUUUGCCCAAGCUGGGUUGAUAUUUAUUUUCCAACUUCUUCCAUCAUAUGGCAUUUGGAAAAAAUAAGUCAGAACUGACUUGAGAUAGCGCUAGCAAGCAUGCCUUUUCUGACUGUUUUUGUCGAACAUUGGAUUGAGC